AUGUCAAAAGUACCAAGAAGUUUUAGGUUACUAGAAGAAUUGGAAAAAGGUGAAAAGGGUAUGGGCCCAGAAUCAUGCAGUUACGGUCUAGCAGAUGGUGACGAUAUCACAAUGACUCGUUGGAACGGUACCAUUUUAGGCCCACCACAUAGCAAUCACGAAAACCGUAUCUAUUCCCUUUCAAUCGAAUGUGGGCCAAACUACCCUGAUGCUCCACCAGUACUCUUCUUCAUCUCCAAGAUCAAUUUACCUUGUGUCAGUCCAAAGACAGGUCAAGUCAUGCCAUCUGAAUUCCAUCUUCUACGAGAUUGGAAACGUUCCUGUACUAUGGAAAAGAUCUUGUUAGAAUUGAGAAAAGAAAUGGCAAGCCCAUCCAAUAAAAGACUACCUCAACCUAAGGAGGGCAGUACGUUCAAGUAG